GAAGGGAGCUGGUACAACCUUGAGUUUUGAGAUGCCACAUCCACUGGCUGCAGUCGUCACGACUGGUCGCCAUAUUAAAACUGAACGGAACCUGCGUCUACACGUCGCGAAGUGAUCGCGAAGGGCCUCUCUUCAAAACAAACAUCGAUUUACACCCGGGAAUCAUUUAUGCAUCGGACUGAAAAGGUCACUGUGUUCUCAGACAGGAGUUGUCUGGGAGGGACGUUUCUGUUUUAGAGUGUUUGAUGAGAGAUGAGUACUCUGACCCAGCGGAGCUCCGGCCUGGUGCAGAGACGCACCGAGGCGUCGCGCAGCGCUGCAGCCGCAGACAGAGACCGCGGAUCCGGUGACGAGGACUACGAGCCCCGCCGCGUAGACGAGCAGGACGAGGAAAACAGCGGCGACUCCAAGGAAACCAGACUGACCCUGAUGGAGGAAGUGCUGCUGCUGGGGCUAAAGGAUCGAGAGGGCUACACCUCUUUCUGGAAUGACUGCAUUUCGUCAGGCCUGAGGGGCUGCAUGCUCAUUGAGCUGGCCUUACGAGGGAGACUGCAGCUGGAGGCAUGUGGCUUGAGGAGGAAAAGCCUGCUUGCCAGGAAGGUUAUAUGUAAGUCUGAUGCUCCGACGGGGGAUGUGCUGUUGGACGAGGCUUUGAAACACAUAAAAGACACUCAACCGCCCGAGACUGUGCAGAGCUGGAUAGAGUUGCUCAGUGGCGAGACGUGGAACCCAUUAAAGCUGCAUUAUCAACUACGUAAUGUUCGAGAGCGCCUGGCCAAGAAUCUUGUAGAGAAGGGCGUCCUCACCACCGAGAAACAGAACUUUCUUCUCUUCGACAUGACCACGCACCCACUUACCAACAAUAACAUUAAGCAGCGCCUUAUUAAGAAGGUACAGGAGGCCGUACUGGACAAGUGGGUGAACGACCCUCACCGAAUGGACAAGCGUGUUCUAGCCCUUAUUUUCCUCGCCAAUUCCUCUGACGUUCUAGAGAAUGCGUUCGCCCCGCUGCUAGACGACCAGUACGAUCUGGCCAUGAAGAGAGUACGGCAACUUCUGGACCUGGAACCUGAGAGCGAAAGCAUGAAGACCAACACCAAUGAGUUGCUCUGGGCUGUGGUGGCUGCCUUCACCAAAUGAAGCUGUUUCAGUUCUGGUGAAUGUGGGACAAAAAAUAAAAUGUUGGACUGGUAAAAACAGGUUUGAAGAAUGAUUGAAAUGGUGUUUUUAACUGGUGUUUUCUUUCCUUGUAGAUAUCUCCUUUCCUUGCUUCUCUCUCUGCAAGAUGAAUCAUUGGUUUGCUCUCUUUUGUUUGAAAAGGGAUGAGAAAGCAAGCACACAGAUUUACUUUCUCCUACUUUCAUUGUUUGUUUGUUUGUUUGUUUGUUCAGUUGAAUGCAAUUAGGUACCCAAUCACCGUAGACUGUUGGAACAUUUACCUUUUGCAUCACUGCAGCAAGAGUCUUGUUUUUCAUAAUUUGUUUGCCUCAACAUCUUUGUUGGGUAUGUAACUGAUUUUGCAAUUGAAUAAUUGAGCAGAAAUCACUGUUGUUGUUUUUUUCUUUUAAUCUUCAGUUUCUUUAGUUUUAUGCAUUUAAUUGGAAUCGAUGUGUGAGAAGCUGUGUACACAUACACUAAAGCAGUAUCUAUUUAUGGUACAACUGAACAGAUAUACAAUAAAGUACACUGCAGUGUAUCAUUUAUUUUACCUGUA